CCUUCAUUCGCUCAACAUGGCGGCGCACAGCAAAUCGACGCAAAGCUGGAGAAAUAUUUACGUCUUGUAUUUGUUUGUUUUCCUCCAGCUGUGGUGUAACGUCUGCCUUUCAGCUCCGGCGAGCAUCACGCAAGGUUUCCAGACUGCUGAUUUGACUGCCUUGGCUGUGGCAGCAGCUCAGACAAACAGAACAGAACAGAGUACACCAAGUCCAAAGCUCGCAUCGACAACUGCUGCCGCCCCCAAACCGACAACUGCUGCCGCCCCCAAACCGACAACUGCUGCCGCCCCCAAACCGACAACUGCAGAGGCCAAGGAUGCCAAGUCGCCCCGUCAAGUAGAGCCCACCACGCGUCUUUCAGCACAGAGCAAGAAAAACGCUAGGGCCACGCUGCCUCCACCUGCAGAUGAAAAGACUACGAAAGAAACUAUGAAAGAAACUACGGAAGAGAAUGCAGUCAAGACGACCUCUCCUGCUCCCACCGCCAGCAUCAAGGUGACCCAGACAACAGGUGAGCCCGAUGUCCAGGGCACCUCCCCAGCAGAAAGCGUAGAGCCACAGCUUAAUACAGUGAAGCAAACAGAAAUCCCCUCCGAACCUGUUGAAGAAUACAAUUAUGACGAAGACUUCAUAGUUUCUUCCUAUGAAGGGGGGAAGAAAACUAAGGGGCAAAUCAACACCAAGCAGCCGGUUAAUGUGCUGGAGGAAGCCGACAUUUUCAGCUCAGAGGAACAGGAUUCCCACUUCUUCUUCCACCUGGUCAUCCUGGCCUUCCUGGUGGCCGUCGUCUACAUCACCUAUCACAACAAGAAGAUCUUCCUGCUGGUUCAGAGCCGCCGCUGGAAGGAGGGUUUAUGCUCCCGUAACAACGGAGACUAUCGGCGCCUGGACCAGAACGUCAACGAAGCCAUGCCGUCCCUCAAGAUGACCAAAGAUUAUAUAUUUUGAUUGACGCUCCUAUACACAGAAAUCCAGCUGCUUAUCUGAUCACUAGAAUAAAGUAAAGAGGCUUUGCUUUUUUUCAAAAAUCAUGUUUUACUUUGCAACAGCGGAAAUAAUUUACUAUUAGUUGGAGUAGAAUUGGACAGGUUGUUGUUACCUUUUAUGUUUCUUCAUUUUUUAAAAAGUUUUUUUUUACAUCUUUGCAUGUUUGUGUAAUUUUUUUAAAGUUCUAAGAUAGAUGAACAAAUAAGGUGAUGUAACAUUUACUAUUCCUAAUUCCUCCAUUUCCACCUAUAAAUGUCGAUUUCGCUCAGCAUUCAAACCAAGCGAUACACUGGCACGUAACGCACUUUGUGUCAUGCAUACAUUUAUAUAAAAAGCAUUAACUAAGCAGAGCAGCCAUAUGAAAUAAAGAACUAAAAUAAAUUAACACCUGUGUGUAAACUGAUCUACCUUAACUGCACCUUGUAGGUAAAAUUAUUAGUCACCAGACUCUUACUAUUACUAUUGUUCUGUACAGAUCAUUUUAAAACAUCCAGGAACAGUUAAAGGGUUUUUUAGUUUUUAUUGGAUCUAAUAAAUAUGAUUUGCACUUUUAAGUAGUUUCAGAAAACGCACAGUGCCCUCCUGUAUUACACAACGUUGGUUUAUGGAUGUGAAUGAAACGAUGGUGUGUUUCUAGGGAUAAACAUUUGAUCAGGGAGGAAUAAUCUUCAGGUGAUGGAUAAUCUUGUGUGUUUAAGCCAUUUAAGAGCAGGUUGUACACAGUGGAAUGUACUAAUUUAUAGGAAUCUCUUAUUGCCAGGCUUCUUUGUCUCGAUUGCUUUAUGUUUUAAUUCCGGGUUCCUCCAGAUUUUGCUGUGCAGAUGUUCUGUGGCCUCUUGCUUUAUGGCUUCAGUGAAGUCUCUGUCAAGCCAUCGCCAAAUGACGAAACUGCAACUGCAGUGUCCAAUUUUACUCCCGUUUACCAGGAACAUGUGCAGCAAGUAAAGAAUUUAGUUAUUUCAGGGUAUUUCUCUCUAUCUGUUGCCAUUUCAUGCCUCUUUGUUGAAAUGCCAUGAAACACCAUGUCCAUGUUUUCUGUGUGAUACAUGGUAGUUAUGGGCUCUGCUCUUAUGAUCUACUGCUACUGCAAUCAACACUACGUUGUACAA